GGAAGGAAGGGGUGGAGUCCCUCUCUACUGGGCUGCCACCAGCAGACACACUGCCGGCGAUGGCGAACGCUCACUGCCACGACUCCGGGGUGGCGGACCUUGACGAGGAUCUGGGGAGGUGCCAGUGCCCGGCCGCCGGUACCGGUACCGCCGCCGGUGCGAGGGAACCCCUCCAGCAGCACCGGGGCCAGCUGCUGGCCCGGCUGCCCAAGGUUUCGCCGCCCCCAUUCUGGACGGACGCCGGCAUCCCGGGCGGGGGUCAUCUCCAGCAGCCCUCCAGGCAGGGCAGUCAGCUGCAGUUGGGCGAAGAUCACCCGGCUGGGGUCGGGGUCGGGGCCAGGCACAGGCAGCCCAGUCCCCUGGUCCCCAGGAGAGAUAGCAACCCCUUCACCGAGAUCGCCAUGAGCAGCUGCAAGUACAACGGAGGGGUGGUGAAGCCCCUGACCAGCCUCAGCACCUCCAAGAGGAACCUGGUGGACUCGGAAGCCGAGGCGCAGCCCGUCGAGGUCCAUCGGUGCAACCACGUCCUGGGCACCGCGUCCUGCAGGGAGGAACACCCGCAGCACCAGCAGUACCUCCUGCGAGACCAGCAGAACCACCAGCGCCAGCCGGCCAGCGGCUGCCGCAAGGGAACCAAGAGGAAGAACCAGAACAUUGGCUACAAGCUGGGCCACCGCCGGGCUCUCUUCGAGAAGAGGAAGCGGCUGAGUGACUAUGCACUGAUAUUCGGCAUGUUUGGUAUUGUUGUCAUGGUGAUAGAGACCGAGCUGUCCUGGGGCAUCUACAACAAGGGCUCGAUGUAUUCGCUCUCCUUGAAAUGCCUUAUCAGUCUGUCCACGGUUAUCCUGCUCGGACUCAUCGUUGCCUACCACGCCAGAGAGAUCCAGCUGUUUAUGAUCGACAACGGGGCUGACGACUGGCGGAUUGCCAUGACAUACGAGCGGAUUUUCUUCAUCAGCCUGGAGAUGGUGGUCUGCGCCAUCCACCCGGUCCCCGGCCGCUACGUGUUCCACUGGAGGGCCCGGCUGGCGUUCAGCUACACCAUGUCAGAGACCUGGGCGGACGUGGACAUCAUCCUCUCCAUCCCCAUGUUCCUCCGCCUCUACCUCAUCGCCCGGGUCAUGCUCCUGCACAGCAAGCUCUUCACGGACGCCUCCUCGCGCAGCAUCGGCGCGCUGAACAAGAUCAACUUCAACACCCGCUUCGUCAUGAAGACCCUCAUGACCAUCUGCCCCGGCACCGUGCUCCUGGUCUUCAGCAUCUCGCUGUGGAUCAUCGCCGCGUGGACCGUCCGCGUCUGUGAGCGGUACCAUGAUAGCCAGGAUGUCACAAGUAACUUCCUGGGGGCAAUGUGGCUUAUCUCCAUCACCUUCCUGUCCAUUGGAUACGGUGACAUGGUACCUAACACCUACUGUGGGAAGGGUGUGUGUCUGCUCACUGGGAUCAUGGGUGCAGGAUGCACAGCUCUGGUGGUAGCUGUCGUUGCUAGGAAACUAGAACUAACCAAAGCCGAGAAGCACGUCCAUAACUUCAUGAUGGAUACACAGCUCACCAAGCGGAUCAAAAACGCGGCGGCCAAUGUCCUGCGAGAGACCUGGCUCAUCUACAAGCACACCAAGCUGCUCAAGAAGAUUGACCAUGCCAAAGUGAGGAAGCACCAGAGGAAAUUCCUGCAGGCAAUCCACCAGCUUCGCAAUGUGAAGAUGGAGCAGAGGAAACUCAGCGACCAGGCGAACACUCUGGUCGAUCUCUCCAAGAUGCAGACCAUCAUGUACGACCUGAUCACGGAGCUGAACGACCGGGGCGAGGACCUGGAGAAGCAGAUCCUGAGCCUGGAGAACAAGCUGGAGGGGCUGACCAGCAGCUUCCAUGCCCUGCCCGGCCUGAUCGCCGAGACCCUGCGGCAGCAGCAGCAUCAGCAGCUCCUGGCCACCGUGGCCGAGGCCGGCGGGGAGCCCGCCGCCUCCCAGCGCUCCGACAGCCAGCUGGGCCUCAGCUCUGCCUCCUUCCCCACCCCCUGCACCAGUUCCAGCAGCUGCUAGGGCGUUGGAGGCCGGAGUGGACUUGUCGGCCAGCUAGCCCCCCCCACCCACCCCUCCUCCCCCACCCCCCCACCCUUCCUCCACACUCUCCCCUGUGGCCUGACUCGGGGAGCAGGCAGGUGCCCAAGGGGAGCUCUGGUCCACCGCAGACUGCAUUCUUGCCGCCAAGGCCCCCUCUCCUGCAUCCCACACUCCCAACCCAGGGAAGGGCUCCAUAACUGGCUGGGGAAACAAGCAGAAGCAACCAGAGCAGGAGUCAGGGGACCUGUAGAUGAUUUUUUUGGGUCAGGGAAGGGCUGUUAUGCCUUGUACCCAGAACGGUAUUAUUUUUUAACGGAAGAAAUAUAUUAACCAAAAAUUAAUAAACAGCUGAAGCACAACAAGAGUGACGGGCACUGGAGGUGGGUGGGGGUGUCCCUCCUGUCUCAGCCAGCGUGGGGAGAGAGAGAGAGAGAGAGAGACACGGGGGUGGGGGGGGGUGUUGAGGGGGACGGUUCAGUCUCGCCUGACGCCUGGACGGAUUUCGAGUUCUGGAAGGGGCCUCCCCUCCCCACCCCUCGGCUGCCUGGGACCUGGUCUGGAGGACUUCCUCUGCCGCUGAGGGAGGUGUCCUGGCGGGGGCGAGAACCCACGCUGAACGACGUCAGGACGGACCCACCGUUCCCUGGAUCACAGGUUGCCCCCGUGAGGAAGAAGUCAGCAAAUGAGGGAGGAGGGAAAUGCCUGGCGUCUGGUGGUUGCUUCAACUGAGCGAGGAUCUGGCAGGUGUCCAAGGUGAUGUGAUGGCACCAGCAUUUGACCUGCUGGGGAGGUGGAGGGUUCGCGAGUGAGGUGAACAGCGAGAGACGCUGGGGCCGGGACACAAGACAGGAGGGGACCGCUCUCUUUGCCAAGUCGAGGCGACUCGCGCCCUCGGGAGAAGUUGCAUCUUCCCUUCGUCAUGCCCCAUUGCUUUAUCAGCCAGAAAGACGAGAUGAGGGGUUGAACACGACCACUUGUGGAAGAGCAUCAGAAACCCCAGUGGGACUGAAGACAUUGGGCAGUACCUGUCCACCGGUGUAACGGCGACAGAUCUUCGGCGAGGGGAAUUCGCCCCUGCCCAGCGGGCGUCGGUGGGGGUACCUUCCUCUCCUAAACCUCCCAGCUUCGCCCUACAGAUGAUGCGUGACUUUGGGAUACUCCCAGGAGGCGUUCCCUGUCCCCUGCCAAAUCGGUGACCCGCUAAGUUGGACCCCUCUCUCUGCACUUCCCCCCCCGCCCCCCCCAGACUGGAAUUCUGAAGCUAGUUCUUGAUUCAGCCACCACCCUUCUCCCCAGCACUCUGGCAGACCCCACUGACAAGUCAGCCUCUUUACCUGUGGAAACUCCGGAGGAACACAGUUUGAGGCCAAAGUAGAUGGUGACGAGGCAGUGAUUGGGAAGCCCUUGCAAAGAGCUGGCACAAGUGUGGUGGGUUGAAUGGCCUCCAUCUGUGGAGGACAUUGCAUUGAUCGGGUCUUUGGGCCAGGAUAUUCCUGGGAGAUGAUUUGACACAUAAUAAUCCUCUCUCCUGACUGUCCGGCCACAGGUGGUGCAGCGGGUAGAGCUGCUGCCUCACAGCCCCAGGGACCCAGGUUCGAUCCCCACCUCCGGCACUGAGUGGAGUUUGCAAGUUCUCCCUGUGGGUUUUCCCUGGGUGCUCCGGUUUCCUCCCACAGCCCCCCGGUUAAGGGUUGGUGGGAGAAUUGGGGAUGGAGGGGUAGCAUGUGUGAGAGGAUACGUUACAGGGAAAUAAAUGGGAGGAAUGAGGUUGCUCGAGGGCUGAACCACAGAAGGGCUGAAUGGCCUCCUAUGUUGUGAGGAAAGAUGUUGGGUGAAAGAUACGAGGCUAAAGUCUCAGCAGGAGAUCCACUGCGAGCUGGCAGCUGUGGACAGCGCUGUUUGCUUCCUCAUUGUGUGACCACUCUGUGGCUUGUAGGGGUGGGUGGUGGUUGGGAC